GGAAGCGAGAAGGAGAAUUUUUUCCGAUUCCUUUGUCUAAUAACUGAAGUAGUUGCUGACGUACUGCGAUGCCGACUUAAACAGUCUUACAGAAAUUCAAAUUUGCAAACAUUCCUGAAAGAUACUGAUGUGCUGCAUAUUAUUUUUCAUCUGUUUUGGCCAGCCCACUCAUGUUGCUGGAAAGGCUGUAGAACACAGCUGGGAAAAGUGUUUUCUAAGAAACAGUGGGACAUUUUGUAUGACUCCGAUUUGGCUCGUUGCUGCAAACCUAAUCAAAAAGACCCAAAUAAAACUUGCAUGUGUUGUGUAACUUCAAAAAGUGUUGACGAAAGUGAUCUUGAUCUUUCUCUUCUUAGCUUAAUUCUGAUUAAUUGCUGCAAUUUGAUGCCUAAUGAAAAAGAAGCCGUUCAAAAAAUUCGGGAGAUGAAGAACGAUUAUAUCAGUCAUAACCCGAAUUGUAGUUUGUCGAAUUUGGAUUUCGAGAGUUUAAUGAAUACUUUAGGGUAUUCUAUUAAACAUCUUGAUAGUACAAAUAUAUAUUCGAGUAGAUAUGAAAAUAUUCUAAACAGAACAUUGGAUGAAACAUUAAUGAAACAGUAUUUUACGUAUUGCGCAGAAUAUACGAAAAUAGAACAGUUGGAAUCUGAGAUAAACGCCGUCCAUGCCAGUAUCAAUAGGGGUGUAGAUACCAUUAUCCAAGAACUAAAUUCCUGCUUUGAACGACACCAAACUGACGCAAACAUGACGGAAGGAGAGUUGCCAAUGUCACCGAAGGGGCCAAAUGGUCAUUAUAAGGAACAAGAAGCAUCUGCGCCUAUGGUUCCCGAUGCACUUGAUGAUGUUCCGUCAAAUAUUAUUAACGGGGGUCAUCAGUUACAAAUUAUUUGCUCAGGAAACGAGAACUUAAAAGACAGGAGCACAUGUUCGUAUUCUUACUCCAGCGAAACAAUUCCUAAAGAUAAUGGAGAUCACCAAAUUAACAUUGCUGAGUACGUUCAGAACCUGUCAGAUAAAAGAGUUAGAAAACAACUUGCAAAAGCUCUCAGCACGGAUGAGCCAAAUGACAGCUUAGACAUUGAGAACAUGGAUCAUUAUCUCCUUGUCGCUAAAAGAUCAAAUUUACGCAACACACUGAAAUGGUGUGAAAAUAAAUUAAUUUCCAAUUUGAGCGCAGUAAAUUGUGUUGCAUAUUAUAAUCUUGCUAAAAAGUAUGAGUUAAGCCAUUUACAAUCGGAGGCACUCGCAUGUACUAAAAAUAAUAACUGCUUAAUUAAGGAAGGUGAAUUGUGCAUUAAACGAUGUAACAAUUCAACUCGAGAGUCUUUUGAAAAUUCGAGAACGGAAAACUAUAAAGAAUACUAUUCCCUUUUUACAAUCUGUAAUUUUGGGUCAAAACGGACUAUUACAACCAUUGUUUACGAUUCAAACAUGCGAAAUCGGUGUUAUAGAGACAUUAAAAAGGGAAAUAAAAUCAGCAAACUUUUUCAAUGUUGCUGCAUUCAAGAUGACGAAAACGUUCCACCAAUUGUUUAUUGGUCGUUUGGAAGUUCGGUGUAUCAGUACGACCCACUUAUGAACAAAUGCAAGAAAAGAGCAUCUCUCAACUACAAACGUGCAAAGUUCAACAUGAUAUUGCAUGGAAAGCAGUGUUAUGUGAUAGGAGGUGUCUACAUGAGUCGUAAAGUCUUGGAAAUCGAAGAAUACAACACGAAAAAAGAUUCAUGGAAAAAAGUGGCAUACCUUCCUGGAGAUGCUUAUCCAAUAAAUCCAUCGAGUGUUGCUUAUAAUGAAUUGAUUUAUGUCUUUUCUGCAAUUUUGGAUAUAGAAGAUGAAAUCAAACCAAAUGCAACCGCUGUCUAUGUCUUUCAUCCUAGCACGAAAAUAGUAAAGAAACUAGCGGAAAUCCCUUUGUCUUUCAAUCAAAUAAAAACCUGCGUUGUCGGCUCUUUCAUUUACAUUGCAUCUGACGAGAAACGUUUUAUAAGAUUCUCCCCAAGUCAGGGAUCGUACUUAUCAUUACCGGAUCAGAUGCAGGAAUGUUCAGACUUCGGCAUGUUUACAAAGGAGAGAUCAAUUGUUCUUGCAGGGGGAUAUUUUAGGGAUAGAAAGUGCAAAGACAUUCACGUUUUUUGUACUGAUUCUGGACAUUGGGAAACAUUAUCAGAAACAUUAGCAGACAACAUGGCAAUUUAUGGUGCAUGUAAACUGAAAAUUCCAAAUAGUGCCGGAACAAUUGUCCCCUUUUACGAAACAAAUCUUUUCGAAAAGCGGUGAUUAUACUUUAUUUUGUAUUUUUUUUUUUUUGUUAGACUAAACGUUCUUAAUAUCAAAUAUUUGGUCUUUUAUUAUCUCUCAAAAGCAGAUU